AUGGUCGUUGAGCAUUGGGCUCCUGAGGCUUGCCAGCCCUGCCCAAAGGGAAGGUGGAGCAACAGGACGGGUGCGUCUUCGGUCUUCGACUGCAACUUCUGCCCUGCGGGCACCUGGAGCACAGAGGAGGGUGCAUCUUCCGAGAAAGUCUGCCGCAAGUGCGCGACUGGGAAGUGGAGCCCAGUUCUCGGUGCUGUAGAAGAGAAGGCUUGCGUGGAUUGCCCGGCUGGCCGCUUCAAUCCCAAGGCGGGCGCUGGGAUCCCUGGGGACUGCAUCGCCUGCUCUCCCGGGACCUUCAGCACGGUCACUGGCGCGGCCUCCUCGGAGGUUUGCAAGCCCUGCCCAGAGGGCACGUUCAGCUCCGCAGAGGGUGCCUUCUCGAAUCAGACCUGUUCAUCGUGCCCCUCUGGCACCUUCAGCACUGUGGCGGGGGCGACCUCUUGGGCCACGUGUACGGGGUGCCCGCCUGGCACCUACAGUAGUGAAGCAGGUGCAUCUUCGCAUCUGUCCUGCUUGAAGUGCGGCCCGGGCACCUACCAACCCAUUGUGUCGGCGGCAUCCAGCUCGCUGUGCAUCAAGUGUGCUGUGGGCAACUACUCUUCCAGCUGGGGGACGUCGACCUGCCAAUUCUGUACCAGAGGCUCGUACGGCAAUGCCUUCGGCCUCACGCAGUGUCUGGACUGCCCCGCUGGGUCCACCACCACAAUCCUGGGUGCAAUCCGCGAAGGGAUGUGCAUCAAGAAGUCGAUCAUUGGCUCGGACUCGAGUGGUGAUGGUGUCGCAGUUGAGGGCGAAGCAGAGACUGACCACGUGCUGUUCCCGUGA